GAUACAUAAACAGAAAAUUUUCUAUCCGCAAGAGAUAGUUGGGUAUUUUAUUUGUUGUUGCAAUUUUAUGUUGCUGUUUUAUUCAUUUCUUUUUGGUUUUUAUUUUGUACGUAGAUAUAUUUUAAAAUUUAUAUUCUGUGUCGGUUUCCUUUUGCUGAACUUGCAAACUUGUUAUAUUUGCACACGGAUUCGGAUUCAGAUUCAGAGAUUCAGAUUCGGAAUCAAAAUCAAAAUCACAAUCGGGUACUUGAACGCUUUAAAAAACCUCCUCAUCGCACAUCAUAUAGUGUUGGCUUUCAGUUAGUGUGUCGUCCUUUUGUUACCAAAUUACUUCUUUAUAUACCUAAAUUCGUAAAACAAAAUACAAUAAAAUAAAAUAAAAUAAAAAAGACUGUAUAUAUGACCAGGAUGUGCUGAAGGUGCUGUGAAAACUGGUGUGCUGUGGAAUAUAACUACUUUAACUACUUCGUCCUUUAUUAUCAGAAGUUCGAAGUUCGACUAACUCUCUCCGCAGCCGUCGCCGCGUGUCAUAGUGUAUAAUCUGCUUUAAUUAAUUGCUAUCAAAAAAAACUACGAAAUGUCUGUUAAUUAAUAAAACUUUACCUGUGGAAAUAAUUGUCAUCUAUGUUAUUACUCGAUAUGUGGAGCUCAUCUCUAUCAUCUGGCAGAUGUCACCCUGAUGCAGAUUUGAGAUUUUCACCAUUUGCAACGACAAACCCGACAAAUUCAUCAGCAGUUGGAAUAAAUCCAACCCCGUGCGGUGGAUCUGGACUUGGACCAGGACCAGGUGUCGGAGGACUCACGGCAGCAAUGCCAUAUCUUAAGCCAGCACCCUACCUUAUGACAGUGGAUUCAUUGCACAGCAUGGGUUAUCCCACAACAAGUAUGUGCAAUAAUGCACGAAAACCGAGGCGGGAAAGGACCACCUUUACCCGGCCACAACUAGAUUUGCUGGAGAUGUUGUUCAAUAAGACAAGAUAUCCGGAUAUAUUUAUGCGAGAGGAAAUGGCACUGAAGAUUGCUUUACCCGAAUCGAGAGUUCAGGUCUGGUUCAAAAAUCGACGCGCAAAAUGUCGUCAGCUGCAGAAACAGCAACCGCCAGCCGCCAAUCUGUCAACAUCGUCGUCGUCAUCUUCGUCGGCGACAAGAAACGGGGGCAGUGGUGGCAUUCACAGCCACAGCCACAGCAACACCAAGCCCAUCCCCAAAGAUAGCAAUCGCUUGACAUCAUCAUCAUCAUCCUCGUCGUCGUUGUCUCUGUCGUCCACGUCCACAUCAGCGAUGACGACGGCCGCGACGGGAUACCACAGUAGCAGCAGUGGAGGAAACAUUUUAGGGAAUCUCACUAGAUCGGGAUUGCUUUCAUCUUUUGUGAAAGUCGCCGAUGAUAACCAUCAUCAUGUUGGAAAAGUUCGUCCUGUCGCGACGAACAAGUUGAAGGACAUGCAUUCAAAUGUCGGCUAUGUUGAUAAACUUGGCGCGAUGCCAAAUACCGCUGCAGCAGCACAUAUCAGUUCCUUAAUAGAAAGUCCCUCUCCAAGAGGGGAAGCAUUACCCCUGCCGCAUACAACUUCUCCAGUUUAUACCAAGUCGUCACAAAGCACCAAUUACACUGGGACAGGAAAUUUUCAACCUGGGGUGGCUACUCCAUAUUGCAACAACAACUCAAUUUGGUCACCAGCGGCCAUAGAAGCAACCAUGUCAUCUCCGUCAUUAGACUCCAGAGCAUCAGCAUGGAGUCCAGCAUCAGUCGUGGCUGCAGUUUCGUCGCCUACAAAUUCAUAUCAAAACUAUCAAGGCUAUUAUUCAAGUGUCGACUAUGCUGGAGCAGCUGACAACGCCAUCGAAUCCGGUUGGAUGAGACCUCGAGAAGAGAAUUGGUUUUGUGGAAAUGCAACACCCAACUGGGAUAGCAUACAACGAAGUAACAAAUAAAUUUAUUAUGAAACCUAUUUCCUUAAAUUUCAAUUUUUAUAAAACAAAAAUCCUGUAAAUAAAUAUGAAAAUGAUUAAAAAGUAAAAAAAAUGUUAUUUUUUUAUAACUUUACAUUUCGCUUUGUUUUUAUUUGUUGUACAAACUAAAUGAUAUCCUUACAAAAAACAUUUCAUUAAUAUUUAAUUAUAUUUAAUAUAAUAGGUUUUA